AUGAGCCUCAAGGCUGGUAUUGUUGGUCUCCCAAAUGUUGGCAAGUCUACUCUCUUCAAUGCCGUUGUGGAAAAUGGAAAAGCCCAAGCUGCUAAUUUCCCUUUUUGUACAAUUGAGCCAAACGUAGGGAUUGUUGCUGUUCCAGAUUCUCGUCUCCAAGUGCUCUCCGACCUCAGUAAAUCUCAACGAGCUGUUCCAGCGUCUAUAGAGUUUGUAGAUAUUGCUGGGCUUGUCAAGGGCGCAAGUCAAGGCGAGGGGCUUGGUAAUAAGUUUUUAUCACAUAUUCGUGAAGUGGACUCCAUACUUCAGGUUGUUAGAUGUUUUGACGACAAUGACAUUAUUCAUGUGAAUGGGAAAGUUGAUCCCAAAUCUGAUAUUGAUGUUAUCAACUUGGAGCUUGUUUUCACAGACUUAGACCAGAUUGAGAAAAGACUAGAUAAACUAAAAAAAAGCAAGGCAAAGGAUUCACAAACUAAAGUCAAGGAAGAGGCAGAAAAGGCUGCUUUGGAAAAAAUUAGUGUAGCACUCUUGGAUGGAAAACCUGCACGAUCUGUGGCCUUAACAGACUUUGAAAAGGAUGCUAUAAAGAAUCUCUGCUUACUCACCAUGAAACCCGUAAUAUAUGUGGCAAAUGUUGCGGAGACUGAUCUAGCCGAUGCUACAAACAAUGAUUACGUUGUAGGUGUCAAGAAUGUUGCAUCUGAGCUGAAGUCAGGAAUUGUAACAAUUUCAGCACAGGUUGAGGCAGAGCUUUCUGAACUAGCAAUUGAGGAAAGGCAAGAAUAUUUGAAAUCCCUUGGUGUUAGUGAAAGUGGUCUUGGGAACCUAAUUAGAGCAACCUAUGAUCUUUUGGGGUUGCGAACUUAUUUUACUUCUGGUGAGAAGGAGACAAAAGCAUGGACAAUACUUGAAGGAAUGACUGCACCUCAAGCUGCUGGAGUUAUUCAUUCUGACUUUGAGAAGGGUUUCAUUCGAGCAGAGACAGUGGCUUAUAAUGACUUUGUUGCUGCUGGUUCACUUGCUGCAGCACGAGAAAAAGGACUUUUGAGAUCUGAAGGCAAAGACUACAUUGUACAAGAAGGAGAUGUAAUGUUGUUUCGAUUCAAUGUAUAG